AUGUCCUUCAAAUUGGAAAUUGCUGGAAAAGCUCCAUUGGUGGACUACGCUGCCUUGACAGCUGCUUCCUUCAUUAACAACGGAACAGAAAAGUCGUUGGAAAUUGACUUUAUUGACGACAAGGUUGUUUCCAAAGAGAUCAACUCUUCCUUGAGAUUGGUUGAUGGAGACAAAACCAUCACCUCUGGCCCAGAGGUUUUGAGCCAUCUUGCUGACAAGUUCCCUCACUUGUUCUUGGAGAAGUCUGCCUCUGAGCCUUGGGUUAAGUUCGCUUACGAGAACCUCACCGUCAAGGACUUCAAGAAGCUUUCUGUUGAUCUGGAGAAACUGGACUCCCAUUUGAGUUUGAGAUCGUUCAUUGUUGGCUACGACGCCUCUGUUGCCGACAUCGCUGCUUGGGGAGCUCUGCGUGCCAACGCCGUGAUGGGAUCUGUUUUGAAGAACGCUGUCUACAUCAACAUCACCAGAUGGUACCAGUACCUGGAAUCUGACGAGAGAUUUGGAGGUGUUGUUGAGCUGUUGACCAAAUCGUUGGCCGAGAUCAGAAAGGCUUCCAAGGCUGGAACCAAGAAGGAGACCCACAAGGCCAACUUCGAGAUCGAUCUUCCAGACGCAAAGGACGGCCAGGUCGUUACCAGAUUCCCUCCUGAACCUUCUGGAUACCUCCACAUUGGUCACGCUAAGGCUGCUUUGUUGAACCAGUAUUUCGCCAAGGCCUACCACGGAAAGCUGAUCAUCAGAUUCGACGAUACCAAUCCUUCCAAGGAGAAGGUCGAGUUCCAGGACUCCAUUCUGGAAGAUUUGGAGCUGUUGGGCAUUAAAGGUGACAAGAUCACCUAUUCGUCCAAUUAUUUCAAUGAGAUGUACGACCUUGCCGUCAAGAUGAUCAAGGAAGGAAAGGCGUACUGUGACGACACUCCUUUGGAGCAGAUGAGAGCCGAAAGAAUGGACGGUAUCAAGUCUGCCAGAAGAGAUAGAACCGUUGAGGAGAACUUGCGCGUGUUCACUGAAGAGAUGAAGAACGGUACCGAGGAAGGUUUGAAGAACUGUUUGAGAGCCAAGAUUGACUACAGUGCUUUGAACAAGACUCUGAGAGACCCUGUUAUCUACAGAUGCAACCUGACUCCUCACCACCGUACUGGUUCCGAGUGGAAGAUGUACCCUACUUACGACUUCUGUGUUCCUAUUGUUGAUGCUAUAGAGGGAGUCACUCACGCAUUGAGAACUAUCGAGUACAGAGACAGAAACGUCCAGUACGAGUGGAUUCUGCAGGCUUUGAACCUGAGAAAGGUGCACGUUUGGGAUUUUGCCAGAGUCAACUUUAUCAGAACCUUGCUUUCCAAGAGAAAGUUGCAAUGGUUUGUUGACAAGCAGUACGUUUCGAACUGGGACGACCCAAGAUUCCCAACUGUCAGAGGUAUUAGAAGAAGAGGUAUGAGUGUUGAGGGACUGCGGAACUUUGUGAUCUCGCAAGGUCCAUCCAAGAACAUUAUCAACUUGGACUGGAACAUCAUUUGGUCUGCCAACAAGAAGGUGAUUGAUCCAAUUGCUCCAAGACACACUGCUCUUGCCGAGGACCAUCUUGUUCACGUGAAGCUCUCUAAGGGUCCAGAAAAGGAGUUUUCUGAAGACAGACCUAAGCACAAGAAGAAUCCUGACGUUGGAACCAAGAAGGUGUACUUCUCUUCCGAUCUUUUGUUGGAGCAAGAGGACGCCAAGGCCAUUGCCGACGGCGAGGAGGUCACCUUCAUGGACUGGGGUAACGUUAUCUGUGACAAGGUGAUCAAGGAGGACGGACUGGUGAAGGAGAUCCAGGCCACUUUGCACCUGGACGGAGAUUUCAGAAAGACCAGCAAGAAGUUGACCUGGCUUGCUGCCGACAAGUUUGUUCAUGUGGACCUGGUGGACUUUGACCAUCUGAUCACCAAGGACAAAUUGGACGAGGGUGACAACUUUGAGGACUUCCUCACUCCAAAGACCGAGUUCCAUACCAAGGCCAUUGCCGACGUCAACGUCAAGGACCUGAAGGUGGGCGACGUGAUCCAGUUCGAAAGAAAGGGAUACUUCAGACUCGACUCCACCGACAACGGUCUUGUGUUCUUCACUGUUCCAGACGGAAAGAGCGUCAACAAGUACGGAGCCAAAGCUUAA